AUGUCGCGCUCACGAUCAGCUCGUCGUGACGAUGGACUCGGCGCAACCAAACAAGAACACCAACAUCGCCGCGCCAGCAGCACCCCGGGUCCUGGUGAUGAUUUCCACGCUGGAUUCGUCAAGCGCUUGGUCGGCGUCCUGGACAAUCACGGCAAAGUGAUCAAGAAGAACGCCAAUUUCCUGAGCGAAAUUUCGUCCACCCUUCGAAGUCACUCAUACUCGAAACUGCCACGUCCUGUCAGUGAACCAGCACUGAAGGUCCCUACUACACCCGCCGAUCAGCCUGCAACAUCUAACGACAGCGCUGUCGAGUCCAGCCCUGAGUUCAUGCCGCCUACGCCUCCUGAUACACCCACUAUCGAAAUCUCCGACUGGGCUUACCAACCACCCAUGCCCAGCGACGUCAGACAGCAGUACGAGCAGCCAAAGGUUCCCAAGAUUGUCAUCAAGGACCACAGCACUUCGACCUCCACCGUUAUCAGCGCCCCUGUCGACGCCACCAUGAACCUUUCCAUCUCUUCCACCGACAAUGCUGAUGCCGUCGUAACCACUUCCGAUUCGACUGCCAGCGCUUCCGACAAGCACAACACCUCCUUGGUUCCUGUAAACCAAAACUCGGUCAGACUCUCCAACAAGGGCUCGUCCUCCUUCACAACACCUUCGACCGUCCAGUCAAUACCCAGCAUGGCCGCUACUACUUCGUCUGAAUCCAGCUCGGUCGACCAAAUCACUGCGUCGGAGGAGGAUAUCGCCCAGUGGUAUGCCUACCAUGCAGACCGCGCAGCUAAGAGCUUGCGCUACGACUUGCGUGAGAUUGACCUGAAGAUGGAUCGUUUCGUCCGCCGCAUCAACGACCUGAACUCACAAUGCUCGGCUCUCAACGAUCUCAUGUCGGUCAAUGCCUCAACCGCCCUCAACCCCAACACCCAGCAGCACCGUCGUACUAGAAGUACCCCGGCUGUCCAGGGCAACGACCAUUUCACCUGCAAGGAAAAGGAGAUCCGCGACGACAUCAAGGAGGCCUUCCAGAGUCUCCGCUCGGCUCUCGCCUUCUAUCGCAAGCAGCGUGUGGCUCCCCUCGAGCUUGUCAAUGCCAAAGCUGACGUUGUCAUGCCUGGCUACUGGUCCAUGGACGCUUACGGAAAACGUCGCGCUCUCUUCCACUUUUACAACCGCAACAGGGACAUUUCCAGACCUGGUGAUCGCGCUCGCUACCAUGACGCCAUGGCUCUUUUGGAUGCUUGUACGGCCAUGUCCCUGAACCAGGAGUUUGUCGACAAGAUUGACAGAUGGGAGAGCCAGAUUGGUGCCAUGAAAAGUCAGUCUGGUGCCGAUACUGUUAUCCCUUGA